AUGGGAGAUUUCAACAAUGACAGCUCCUCACAGGACGAAAGCUAUAAUUACAGCAACAUCACUUUGGGCUCCAGUGAUUAUAUUUACACCCCCUUUGGCUACUACGAUUAUAAUGACGAAGCUGGAUUCAUCAUGUACGUGGUGACGUGCAUAAUUAUUUGCAUCGGCCUUCAGCUGACCCUCAUGGCCAUCUACAAUCUUUAUUCUCUGGUGAUGAAUGAUCGUGUUGGUCCAGUCUACGUCAUCAACCUUCUCAUUUCCAACCUCAUUCAGUUCUGCGGCAUGAUCUUUGAGAUGGCGCAACCUAAGGACAGGACAGUGAUUGAUACAUUCACAUAUAUUCACGUAUACUGUCUGGUGGCCAGUGUUUGCUUCAUGGUGUGCAUCGCCCUGGAAAGGUAUUUGGUCAUCGCCUGCCCACUGUGGUACCGCUUCAGACGAACCAUCAAGAUCUCUGUUCUGGUGUGUGUCGUGGUCUGGAUCAUUCCUCUUGUCUAUUUCCUGCCUUUCUUUUUCUGGAUUAAUUUUAGGGUCAAACGAGUCAUUUUCGCCAUCCUCCUCCUCCUUCCUCUCCCACUGUUCAUGUUCUUCCUUGGUGGAACCCUCAAAGUCCUGUCUGCUUCCAUCUCUGUCCACUCUGACGAAAAACGACGAAUUGUAGGACUGUUGGUCCUGGUGUUGCUUAUUUACAUGCUGCUCUUCCUGCCAAGCAUCAGUUGGUUCCUGGUAGUGGGAACUAAAUUCAACAAAACUUUUAGCAACGUGUCUUUAACAUUUCUCAAGUUAAGUCCUCUUGCAGACUUAUUUCUGUAUGUUUUCAUGAAGAAAGGGACCGUUGACAAGCUGUUGGCUUCUGUGUGUUGUUGCAAAAUGGACAGUGAUGAUAUCAGUAGUUCAAAUUCAAGUUCUAUCAUUCAAGUUUGA